AUAACCUUGUAAGCUCGGUCUAUUCGCUUCUGUUUUGGGAGCAGAAGCAAAACAGAGGAAAUCCUUGCAAAGGAACACUAUCUCUGCUUGCAUUGUCACCCGCAGAACCGACAUGGAUAUGAACAUGGAUAUAGGCACAGCCUCGGGUAGUCUCAGCCAUCACGACCAUCACGAAGCCCACGACUCCAACACAAACACGAUGGAAAUGCCCAUGUCCUCGACAUUCACAGCAUCCACAACAAUAACCCUCUUCUUCUCCUCCUGGACCACGGCCUCACCAUUCACCUACACAGCCACGCUCAUCUUCCUCUUCCUCCUCGCCUUCCUAAACCGCUUCCUCACCGCGCUCCGGUUCCAGCUCGAAAGCGCCGAUGCACGAUCUAGCGGACUCUCUACAUCAGUACCCAUCCUCGAACCCCCGAAAUCUCGACGGAGGGGGCUCGGCGUGCGGAUUCCGAAAGCGCGGCUCAGUCCAUUGCCCGUGUACAUGGGGGUCGAGAACGAUGGGGAUAAGGAUAGAGACUGUGAGGAGGCGAUUAAUAGCGAACAGGAGGUGCGUCUUGCUCUUCACGUGCCUUCUCUAGGUGAAAGUGAAGAGGAAGAGAAUUCUGGAUCCGGCGCAAGGACGACGCGGAUUCCGGCCUGGAGUCGGAUACGAGGCUUCUUCCCCUCCGUCAUCCCACCCUGGAAGUGGAGGGCGAGCGCCUCCUGGAGUCUACGGCAGGAUGGCUCGCGCGCUAUGCUAGAGGGCAUACGGGCGUUUAUGGGGUAUAUACUGAUGCUGGCGGUAAUGACCUUCAACGUUGGUGUGUUUAUUGCUGUCCUUGCGGGCAUUGUAUUCGGGGAACUGGUGCUAGGCCGGUUUAUGCGGCAUUCGGCGUGGGAGGAUGGAGCGUGCCAUGAUUAAUAUGUUUAUCUAGCAUAUUGAGAAUUUUCGCUGUUCAUGCAGGCAUUCCCUUUGGUUCAUAGAUACGACCAUGCU